AUGUCUAAAGAUUUGGACGUCGUUAAGGUCCGUACCUCUGAUGGUGUGAUCGUACCUAUACCUCUGAAGGCUGCCCGCUUCAGCAUCUUAGUCAACAACAUGAUCGAUGAUGCUAGUGAUAGCAUCAACGACGAGGAGAUACCUCUACCUAAUGUCACUUCAAAGACACUAAGCAAGGUCGUACAAUGGUGUGAGUAUCAUAUUGAUCAUCCUGUUAGUGUCAUCACGAAGCCCUUAAAGAUGGGCGGUUGCCUCACAGAUAAUGGCGUGUCUGAUUGGGACAACAAGUUUGUGGAUUUACCCGAGGAGGAGCUGUUCGAUGUGAUGUUAGCUGCCAACUUCAUGGACAUCAAACCACUACUGGAGCUUUGUUGUGCCUCGGUAGCAUCUUCUAUCAAGUCCAAGACGGUUGAGGAACUACGACAAGAGCUUGGUGUUGGUGAGGAUGGCUUCACGGCUGAGGAGGAGGAGAAGAUACUUCGGGAUAAUGCACACUGGUGUAAAGAGGCCGCAGAGAUGUUGCAAGAGAUUGAGAAGGAGAAAGCCCUCGCCGCCGCUUCUACUGGCGGAGACCAGAAGACUUCCAAUGAGGAUCAGAAUUAG